GGCAUCCUUAAUGGGCUGUGUACACCAUGGGGCCCAAUUCGAGAGAGAUGAAGUCGAAGUAAGCGUCGUUCUGGCUGGUCCAGAUUGCACCGCCGCCUUCACCUGACUGGUCCCUACUUUCUAUCUUCUUCAGCUCUUUGAUUUAGCCAAACCCAAAACCCUUCAAAACCCCUCAAAGGAUGUAAGCUUUCGUUAUCACCAGCCAAUGAAGCGGGUCUGGAAGAUCUCCCAGUCGGCCCAAGCGCAGCUACUCUGCCACCAUGGAUGCUCCUCCUCGGCCGCUAAGCCCAAAACCCUAAUGCCUUUUGCUUUCCCUACCAACGAAUUCCCUAAUUACGGCUUCAUUCGCGACCUCAAUGCCGAGACUCACCCUCCUCCUCCUUCUUCCCCCGGCUUUCCGCCGGAGAUUAUUGGCUUGUUUUCAUUGAAUCAGUGGCACCAGGACUCGAGGCACUGGGAGGAUCUGACCAGGAAGGUGACUCAGCUUAGGGAUGAGCUUUUUCUGAUCGAUGACGACUCUGACAAUUCUAUUAGGUUACUCGAAGAGAAGGGUGAUACGCUACUUCGGAGCUGUACUGUUGGAUACCCAGUCCUUGAGCUGCUCAAGCAAUUGGAUUCGCGGCCUCGAUUAGCCUUAAAGAUGUUUCAGGUCUUUGAUUGGAGAAGAAGGCUGUCAAAAUCAGGAGUUCCAAUGCUAGCAGAAGAGUACACCAAGGGUAUUAAACUUGCUGGUAAAGUAAAAAAUGUUGGUCUUGCUGUUGAGUUGUUUGCUGAGGCUAUAAACAAGCGUAUCAAGACAACGGCUAUAUAUAAUGCCUUGAUGAGUGCUUAUAUGUUCAAUGGUUUUGCUGAUAAGUGCCAGUCACUGUUUCGGGACAUGAAGAGGGAAAAAAACUGCAGUCCUAAUAUUGUUACAUACAACAUUCUUAUCUCAAUUUUCGGUCGAUUGAUGCUACUUGAUCACAUGGAAGCAACUUUUAGGGAAAUAAAGGAAUUAAAUAUCUCCCCUAAUAUAAAAACAUACAAUUUUUUAAUUGCUGGAUAUCUCACAGCUUGGAUGUGGGAUAGUGUGGAAAUAACAUUUGAACAGAUGAAAGAGAGUUCAAUUAAGCCUAAUACUCGGACAUACAUGUUACUGCUACGAGGAUAUGCACAUUCUGGGAAUUUGGAGAAGAUGGAGGAGACAUAUGAAUCAAUAAAACAUUAUGUAAUGGAAAAGGAAAUCCCAUUGAUUAGAACUAUGAUAUGUGCAUACUGCAAGAGUUCCGACAAAGAAAGAGUGAAAAAGAUCGAGGAACUAAUGAAGCUUAUUCCAGAAAAGGAUUAUCGACCUUGGUUGAAUGUACUGCUGAUUAGGGUUUAUGCUGAAGAAGAUUGGUUAGAAGCAAUGGAAAGAUCAAUAAAUGAGGCAUUUAAGCAUAACACAGCUGUACAUACGAUAAGUGUGAUGCGGUCCAUUAUUAGUAGUUACUUCCGAUGCAAUGCUGUGGACAAACUAGAAAAUUUUAUUAAGAGUGCAGAAGCUGCAGAAUGGAGAAUAUGUCGGUCCCUGUAUCACUGUAAGAUGGUUAUGUAUGCAUCAGAAAAGCGCUUGGAAGAAAUGGAGAGCGUUAUUGAAGAGAUGAAGAACUCUAAUCUGUUUAUUACGAAGAAAACAUUGUGGAUUUUGUAUAAGGCGUAUUUGCUUUGUGGUCAAAGGUACAAGGCUGAACAAGUUAUAGGAUUAAUGUGCAAGCAUGGGUAUGAAAUUCCUUCGGAUGUUCUUCCAUCAUGAUGCAGCCACUAUGUUGUCACGUAGGGAAAGCUAUAGAGAUUGAAUGAAGUAUUCAGCCAAAUCUUUUGUAUACCAUAACAUCUGACGGAUGUAAUUGGAUUCAGUAAUCGAUAGAGGGCGGUUUUGACUCAUGUAAUAUCAAGACUUGUCAAAUUGGCUGAAUCUCAUAUGGAGGGGGGUCUAGAUUACAUUUGGGACAUGUGUCCAUCUUCUUUUUCUUUGAGCAAGAUAGAAAGCCAGCACCUCCUUUUUCCUUUUGCUUGAGUGCGUCAUUGAAAACCCAUAAUGAGUUUGAGAAGGCCCAGCUUAUUGAGCAGAAUACUUAGAUGAACCUACCCGCACUUGUCCACCAAACCCCAAAAUUAGUUUGACCAGGUUCAUAUUAUCAAGCAGAAUUCUUUCAUGAACUUUCAUUUCAAUUGGAUCAGCUAGUUAUUGGUGUCAUUGUAGUGGGCGAAGAUUGCAGGCAUAUCAUCUUAAGAUUUUUAGCUAUUAUUUAUGUUUUUUUAAUGUCAGUUCAUGGUAUGCCAAUGUUAUAAGCAAAUUCUUUUGUUGGCCCCAUCUUUUUUUUUAGUUGAAUUGAUUGGUUCUCACACAUACCAAUUAUGGAAUAAAACUAUUGUGUUUUUGGUGGGUUUAUUUAUAUCAUCCGUGUUUAUAGAUGGUUGCAUAUCUAAAACUCAUUAAUUUAUCGACAUUGUAAUGCAGAACCUGUAUAUUAGGUGAUUGACCAAGA